CACCGGCUGCCUUUGGCCACCUGCCACCCUGAUGGGUCAGGUUGGCAGGAUGGGGAUGCUCCAGUUUGGUGGCCUAGUCAUGUGUCCCCCAAAAUUCCCUGGCCCGAGAGUGGACGAGGGGCAGUUCUCUGACAGGCAGUGGGGAACUGCCCCAAGGAAGGACAUGAAGACAGUCCUCCAAGGGGAGCGGGAGACACCUGCUCUCUAGACAUGUCCCAGGGAGAGGGGUGCAGGGGUGUGGGUGGUGAGCUGGUGCAGCUGUGCACGUCCAGCGUGGCCGGCGGGGCAGGAGCUCCUCCCUCAGCAGGGUUCAGUGACCUCUUCCCCAAGUCCUACUGGCUGGUGGAGCCUUGGCUGGGUGACCCGUUGAGGGCGCAGCAUUCCCACCUCAAGAUGAGGUGGCCGGGCUCAGGCUCAGGUGACCGGUCCAAGAGGCAGCCUUCCAGGUGGUCAGGCUCAGGGAAGUCAAGGAGCCCAGGGGCCCCGCCUCUGGGCCUGUGGGCUUUUCUGGUGGCCUCAGCACUCCUUUUCCAGCCCUUUCCUGCAGCCUCCAAGAGGGGCUGCCUGGAGCGGUUUGGGCCGCAGUCACGUGGGAUGACGACGCCAUCUGCACCACUGAGUACUCACGCAUAGUGUCCCUGGAGAAUGGUGAGAUCGUGGUGUCCCUGAUGAAUGGGCACCCAGGGGCUAUGAACUACUCCUACUCGCCACUGCUGCGCAACUUCACCAAAGCCACCAACAUCUGCCUACGUUUCCUGCGCACCAACAACACACUGCUGGGUCACCUCAUGGGCAAGGCGCUGCGGGCCCCCACAGUCAUGCACCAGGACAUGAGCAUCGGCGGCCGCUGCGUCUGCCAUGGCCACGCGGAUGUCUGCAAUGUCAAGGACCCUUCGGACCCUCUCAGGAAAGGCCGUUUCAGAUCCUGGCUCCGAAGACGCUGAACUCGGAUUUUAACUGGCUCUCCAGCAAGGCCAGGAGGGAGUGCUCUCCACCGUGCCCCCCCCAUGAGCACCGAGGGCUGCAGGGCCUGUGUGGGCUGGCAGGGGGCGGAGCGCCCGUCAUGCCCCGCGGCUUUGCAUGCGGCGUUGCAGGUGGCAUGAGAGGACGCAGUGCCGCCAUGUUAGCGUUCCCAGUACGAGCCAUCUGCCGCUUGCUGGCCAGGCCUCAGACCCGAAGCGAGUGCGACCUCCUUGUCCUCACUCAGACGUGAGGCCCCGAGGGCAAUGUGCCAUCGCAGCGCAAAGUCCUCUGUAUCCCAC